CCGUCCCUUCCGCCUGUUCCUCAAUUCUUAGUCUCUCCUAGCGUUCACCCAUCCCUGCCGACAUUGACAACCUAUCCGACAUCAACAUCGCUCGGCCCUUUCUUCUGAAAGGUCUUGAACCUCGACUCAAACUCGCUGGUCGCGAUGGCUCCCAAAGCCGCGAGCUCGUCGAGCUUGGGUCCGCUGGCGAAGAGGACUUUCAAGGGCCCUCCCUCGAAUGGAAUUGGAUCUGGGUCUGGCUCAGCAUCUGGGUCUGCCUCGCCUGCUCCUGGCUACGGCACAGGAGCCGCUGGCCCUGGUUCUUCUAGCAAUCCCGGUUCUGCGUCUCCAUCACGCUACCCUUCUUCUCCUUCUCGCCCCUUUCCCCAAUCCCGCCCCAGCAGUCCUCCUCUCCUCCUCCCGCGACACGAAGAGACGUCCCUCCAUCGGCGGUUACGCUCCCUCCUUUUGGACUUUACACGGCAGAGGACAGUCUGGGAAGAGGAGGUUCUGGAGAUGGGAGAAUCCGUGGGUGCUUAUGCGACUGUUUUGGGUGAGCUGGAGGAGGAGAUGGCUGAGCGGGGGCUGGGGAAUAGACCAAAGGGAAAGGGAAAGGGCAGAGCCGAGGCCUUGAAGAUCUCCUCUGCCCAAAAUCGCAAUCAGGUCUGCCCAGCCAUAACGGAGUCUUUUCGCUCCCUGCAUGAAAUCUACACUCGGAGUCUUCUCAAGGGAAGAGAACGCAUUGAACGGGCGGUGGAGGGACUCGUAAAGCUCAAGGAUGCUGCGAGGCUUUUGCAGGUGAAUUGGGUCAGGUUGGACGAGGAGGGUGGGCUAGGCGGUGAGGAUGGGGAGGGCGAUGUGAGGUGGGGUCGAAGGGGCGGGGAUGAAUUUGUCGAUGCAAUCUUCCACAUCACCCUGCAGGCCCAAAUCCAGACACUCGAGCUACUACAGUCCCUCGAUGUCCUCCUCAUCGACUGCUCCCCACUAGGCUCCCUUCAUUCCACCUUCCUUCAUGGAUUCAUUCCGGACUCUCCUCUCUCUUUACGGGACAAGGGCCCGCAGAGGGACAAGUACGACCCUGCAACUUCCUCUGCCAAACGCAAAGAGGUCCUGCUGAUGUGGAGAGACCUGCCCAGCUUGGAUCGCGGAGGCGAGGGGAGCUUCGAGUGGUGGAAGGCCGUCUGGCGGGCCGAGGUGCGCGGGUGGGAGGAAAGCUGAGGCACUCUACUGCAGCUGAGAGAAAGAAGACAAGGUGGGAAAUUGAAAAUGGAUAGAUCUUUGUACAAUAGUGCACGGGUCAUAUUACAGGACAGGGGAAGAGGAGAGAAGACAGGAUGGAUGGAUGAAUGAAUGAAUGAAUGAUACCCGCCUCGUAGAGGGAGU